AAUCAAUCAAGCAAGCAUUGAAGAACCGGCUUCUCUCAACUGUUACCAAGUGAUCGACAUGACAAAGCUCUUAUAAUAUUUCCUUACCUACCAUUUUCGUCAACUUUUUCAUCACCGACUAUUUUACGAUUCAAAUCGAUUUUGCUUGAUUCGAAUACAUUACGACUCUAUUUCCUACCUCUUCUUCCAUUUUGGCCUCGUUGUCUUCGUGUCACAGCUAGUCUGAUCACCUUGACCUUUCGAAAGCAAUUCUAACCAAAUACUAAGAAAUAAUGGACGGAUUAAACGAGUUCCGCACAAUGCGAGUUGCUGAAGUUCUCUCUGAUUUCCGAACACUGCAAUACUACAUAGCUGCUGCUCCUGUCGAACCUGAGGAUACUGCAGACUAUUACACCGAAGGAUGGGCUGCCCUUCGACAAUGUGCGCUGGAUGGACAACACAUUCUGGAAUGUGGUGCGGACACCAGCGUGCCAACUCCCCCUGGUGGAGAGCAAGAGCAGAUGAAGGCCGAGCUUAAACAAGUUCUCUUGGACGCGUACGCAAGACGACACGAGGGACAGAAGAUUUACCUUCGACAAGCGGCGGCUCAACGAUGGGUUGAAUACAGAAAUCAGGUGCUGCAGGGCGGCGUACCAAACUCGAGCAACCAGUCUCAACUUCGAGCAUGCGAUCGACAACUGCGAGCGGAGCUCUCAGCCAUCGCCGACGAAGUAAUCUACGCCGAGCUCAAGGCCUCGGAUGAAGGAAUGGGCCGCUGGACGGCAGAAGAUCCCAGUCUCCGAAGCGUGCUCCGCUGGCUCCGAGCACGCCGGUGAACAAUACGCCAGGGAAACAGAAACGACGAGGCUACUACGUACGAUCUAAGAUACCCCCAGGACCAACGGUCGUGAUGAACGAGAGACGAAACGAAGAGAACC